AUGCCAGCCAUGAACGAUGCGCCAGCAAAGAUGCGGAGGUCAAGCAGCCGAUGGACGCUUGCCGCGAUCCUCGUGCUGUGCCUCCGAGGUGCCUGCAACGGCUUCGUGGCACCAGGUUGGGGGCCGGCAUCACAGCGAGGCUUCAAACCGGCCUCGAUUUCUUUGCCGACGCCGGGUCCAGCCAGGAGGCCGCAGAGUGCCCGGGAGGCCCUGGUGAUGCCAAUUUCUGGCGCUGGCGAGGCUUUGGCCACCGUUUUGGUCAGUGAGGUUGGCGACAAGACCUUUUUCCUCACGAUGAUUCUAGCCAUGCGCAGCAGUCGCAGGCUUGCCUUGCUGAGCUCGCAGUCAGCCCUCUGGGUUAUGAUGUUCGUAUCGACUAGCAUCGGUGUGAUGCUACGGAGGCUCACGCUGACGGUGAGCAGCGGUAGCAUCAUUCGGUGGACUGCGGCAGCACUAAUGAUUCUCUUUGGCCUGCAAUCCUUCCGAGAGACCAUGGGAGGGGACCAGGACGACGAGGAGGACGAGGGCGAGAAGGGUGACGCGCAAUCAGAAAUUGACGGUGUGCUGCACAAGGCGAGUUUGAUCAGCAAGCUCGAAUAUGGGGGAAGCCUGAAGCCCGGGUCCCUCUAUGGUGCUGUAGCCGUUGUGUUUCAAGGAAGAACUGCAGACGAUGGCCGCGAAAUGGCGGUGGGAGCCUCACCAACUGGGGACAGCGAUUUGGCUGCCUUUGCUUAUUCGCCAACUGCAGAAAGGCAAGAGACAGGAGGUCGUGAUCGAGAUGUUGCUCCUCGAGGUCUUGUUCCGGCUUUUUACCAAGAGGCCUUGCCAGCCCAACCGGAACGCCCGGGAGGGGCAGGCCCAGUGGAGCCGGCUGGACAGAUGAGGGGCUUUGGUGGAGCCUCUACAGCGACGAUGAACUGGAUGGCCCGGCUAGGGGAUUUCCCACGGACGCAGGUGCAAGGCGGCAUGGAAACCAGAACUACGAUGACGCGUCAACAAGUCGUGGGCUCGAGGGAGUUGGGCGGCUUGGUCGUGCAACAAGAACAGCUGCAGCACACUACCUCCCAGCCGGCAUCCCCCACCAACCACUUGUAUCCUUCAGUCUUUCCGUCACCGGCUCGUGAAGGUAUGGGAGAAGGGGAGCUAGAUCCACCCUUGUUUGGAGCUGGAGCUCGGCGGGUGAUGGAAGGCUGGGCUCAGCGCGCUCCUCUUUUGCACGGGGUGCAGAGGACUCAGCAGGGCCCGGGGACCGAUGCAGGUUCUACGGGGUCCAUACCGAGAGAGAUGGUUCAGGAAGAAGUUCGGCGGCAGGUGCAGGAAGCCUUGGAGGGCCAGCGCCGCUCGCUGGAACGUCUUCAAGAAGAGUUUCUGGAGAUGACGUGGGACAGCAUGGUGUACCAGGCGGGCAUCGGGCUGCAUCUAUGCAUGAGGGACCAGACGGGCAUCGGGCUGCAUCUAUGCAUGGUGUACCAGACGGGCAUCGGGCUGCACCUACGCCUAAUGUACCAGACGGGCAUCGGGCUGCAUCUAUGCAUGGUGUACCAGACGGGCAUCGGGCUGCAUCUAUGCAUGGUGUACCAGACGGGCAUCGGGCUGCACCUACGCAUAAUGUACCAGACGGGCAUCGGGCUGCAUCUAUGCAUGGUGUACCAGACGGGCAUCGGGCUGCAUCUAUGCAAGGUGUACCAAGCGGGCAUCCUGAGGGGCAUCAGCAAUCAGCUUUUCAGAGUCGUGGAGUACCUGAGGGGCAUCAGCAGUCAGCUUUUCAGAGUCGUGGAGUACCUGAGGCGCAUCAACAGUCAGCUUUUCAGAGUCGUGGAGUACCUGAGGGGCAUCAGCAGUCAGCUUUUCAGAGUCGUGGAGUACCUGAGGGGCAUCAGCAGUCUGCUUCCCAGAGUCGUGGAGUACCUGAGGACAUCCAGUCUGGACCGUAGAACUUCACCGCUGGGGCGAACGCGUAGAAAAUCCUCUUCGUCACCUUCGGGACUGGUUGAAGGUUUGGGUCCGGCUAGUUUCUCCUACGGUGUGACCGGCCUCUUGGAUGGUGAUGGAUACAGUUUCCCGCAGAAUGAGCGAGUGUACCGUCAGCCGGUGUAUCAGGAGACCAAGACCUUCGGCGACUAUGAUGUGUCGGCGCCACCUGGUCUAGGUCCUUCUACCGAGAAGACAGCAGAGGCACCGGGGCCUGCGUUUGCUGGACACUCAACGGCGCCCACCGCAUGCGGCGCAGCCGAUCGGGAGCCGAACCCGCUGGAGGUGCUCAUCACGGGGAUGACCCAGUUACAGCAGCUUCUGUUGAAGAAGGGCGAGGGGCUUGAUGUAGAGUCCAAGGGAAUGCCAGAGUUGCCCAAGCUUUCGGAGUACAACCCGGAGACCGGGGCGAUAGAGUUUCAGGACUACCUUUACUUGGUGGAGCAGCAGAUAGGCUCACUAGCCAGUGGUGCGGGUGAGUGGUGGCAGAAGACCUUGGAGGUGGCCCAGGUUGCGUACACCGAGUACCAAGCACUUUCUCCGGUGAAAAGGCUGGGAGUGAAAGCCCAGUUGACGGUUGAGCUUAAGGAGGAGCGAUACCGCAGAUUGGAGAAGAAGGUCGCGGCGAUGCUGUUGAGCUCAUUGCCGAAGGGGGUCAAGGAUGACCUCAUUGCCUACCGUGUGCAGGGGGUCCACCAGAUUCUCUACAGGCUGAUGGUGAUCUUCCAGCCAGGUGGAGCCCAGGACCGAGCACAGUUGCUGAGACAGCUGGACAUUUCAGAAUCUGCUGCGGGCCCGAGCGAGGCGGUUGUGAGCAUUAGGAGGUGGUAUAGGCUGCUGCAACGGGCAUCGGAUCUGGGAGUUACCUUGCCCGACGAAAGCCUACAGGUGAAGUCCUUGAAUGCCAUUGUCAAAAAGACGGCGGAGCAGAACAGCGACUUCAAGUUCCGUUUGGCCCUGGCGAGGACGGAGCUUCAGAUCGACACUCGCCCCAACCAAGGAAAUGUUUUGAAGUACAUGCAACACCUCUUGGCUGAGUUGGAGCAGCUGGGGUCCUUGGUUAGGAGGCCGGCUGUUGCACCGUCGACUACGGCACCGACGACCUCUACCACGGCGGCGGCCACAACACCGGCGGCUACGGGAUCUGCAUCCUUGAAGGGCUUGCAGGGCAGUGAUCCUCCUCCAAAGGGGAAUGGCAAGGCCAAGGCACCGCCGGGGAAGAAACUGUGUCAGUGGUUCUCCACAGAUUCCGGGUGCCGCAACGGUCGCGACUGCACCUUCCAGCAUACGUGGACCGGCCUCAACAGAUCUGAACGUUGUAUCCUUUGCGGGUCCAAACAGCACAGGGCAAAAGAGUGCACGGCAGGCAAGGCUGGUUCCUCUCCAGAAAGGGGGAACAACGCUCAGGCUGCUAAGGCUGCCGGCGCAGCUCCCUCCUUGACUCCUUCGUUGGCGGCUGCGACACCAAAGGACUCAGCCCAGAAUGCUGCGAGCGCUCCGGCAACGUCCUCUACAACUUCCGGCCCUACCUCUACGGCCAAUAAAAUGGAUCCGUCUCAGAUGUCGGAAAUGUUGGCCGAAACCAACAAAAUGCUGAAGGCUUUGACGGCCAAGAAUGAGGCGCCUGUGGCUCCCACAUCGGUUGAUCCCUUGACGGUGAUUCAGCAGCAGCUCGAUGAAGUACGUCGUUUGAAGGUUUUGAGGGUUCAUGAGCCGUCCCCUGACACUUGUGCUUUUGGCAGUGCGGUGGAAUGGUAUGAGGCAAGGCUGCAUGCUACCACUUUGAGUUCUGCCUCGGCAACACUCUCUGAGGAGGAGGAGGCUUUGUUGGACAGUGGCGCGAGCCACCCGUUUCGUCCCCAGCGUUCCUCGGUGGGGAGGAGCUCAGGAGGGCAAGGAGAGUGA